GCGUUUUGUACUGUAAGUGUGGAAAACACAUGAGCAUUUUGUGUUUUUUCUAGUUCAUUUGAAGUUGAGCGUUUACAGUCAUUUAAAUAAUCAGAGUUCUUAACGAAUCUAGACAUGGUUAAUUGAUAUUCAGCGAAAACCAUUUUCAAACUCGAGAUAGCUGAAAAGAACACACAAACUGUCCUGGAGUGAUUUACCUUUCUGAGGGAAUGUCUCUGUUUGUUGUAAACAGGUAUCUUGGAGAGGAGGAAAAUGGGAGCAUCUCGAAGGAGUCUCGCUCUCAGGCGUUACUAGCUAAGCUGCAACAGAAGGCCAAAGAGAAGCAGAGACAGAGUUUGACGGAAGAAACACAAAAACCACCUAAAGAACGGACGCAAAAGGAUGUCAAAAAGAAAAGAAAAGCUGACAAGGACAGCAGUCAGGAGCCUGAACACAACAAGAAACGGAAAUCUGAAGCAGCAGCUGUUAUUGUCUCAGAGACUGAUAACCACGACGAGCUGGUUGAGGAGGAGGAGAAGAAGAAGAAGCAGACGAGUGCAAAUGAGAAGCGGAAGAAGAAGAAGGAUCAGUCAGGCAUUUCAGUGAAAAGUCUUCCUGACACUCCUGUGACUGGAAGAGAAGGACUGGAGGAAACAGGAGGAGGAGAAGAGAAAACGGAGACAGAAAACAUCGCACCAGAACAAACCGCGGAAAAGACUCCUGCUCCAACCGGGUUCACGGUCCUGGGAGGAUUUGACAACAAACCUGUCCAAAAGGUGCACAGAGUGCUCCCUCAGUGGCUGGCUCAGCCGGAUGUGAUUCACAGAGACAUUAAAGGACACCUGGUGAACAUCUCCGAGAUCCACGGACUCUCCGCUCUGCUCGUGAAGAAACUUCAGAAUAAUGGAAUCCAGAACUUUUUCCCAGUGCAGGCAGAGGUGAUCCCGGCCGUCUUGGAGAGCGCUCAGCAGGGGCUUCUGAUUGGACGAGGGGGCUACAAGCCCAGAGACAUCUGUGUGUCUGCUCCUACAGGCAGCGGCAAGACGCUGGCGUUCGUCAUACCUGUCAUCCAGGUUCUGAUGGAGCGGGUGGUGUGUGAAGUCCGUGCUCUGGCCGUGUUGCCGACCAAAGAGCUCGCCCAGCAGGUGUGCAAAGUGUUUGCGUCGUACGCUGAGGGGACCUCUCUGAAAGUGGUGAUGCUGGCCGGACAGAAGUCCUUCGCUGCAGAGCAGAGCUGCCUGUCGGAGCUCAGUCUGUCCCCCCCCCAGAUGCCGCUGCAGAAGCUGCUGUUCUCUGCCACGCUCACACAGAACCCAGAGAAGCUGCAGCAGCUGGGCCUCCACCAGCCCCGACUCUUCAGCUCCAUCCACAGCCAGUCCAGCACCAUCAGCACCCCCGGCAGCAUGGCAGACCCCCCCCACACACAGGGCUGCUUCAACUUCCCCCAAGGUCUCACGGAGUAUUACGUUCCCUGUACGUUAAGCAAGAAGCCUCUUCUCAUCCUCCACUUCAUCCUGCGCAUGAAGCUCAGCCCCAUCCUCUGCUUCACCAACUCCAGGGAGGCAGCACACAGGCUGUUUCUGCUGGUGCAGCUCUUUGGUGGCGUUCAGGCGGCCGAGUUCUCCUCCAGACUGUCUCCUGCUGAGAGGAAGAAGACGCUGAAGGAGUUUGAACAAGGAAAGAUCCAACUGAUGAUCAGCACAGACGCAGCCGCCAGAGGCAUCGACAUCAACGGGGUCAAAUGUGUGGUGAACUAUGACGCACCGCAGUACAUCCGGACAUACAUCCACAGGAUUGGAAGAACAGCCAGAGCAGGGAAAACAGGCCUGGCCUUCACCUUCCUGCUGGGAGUACAGGAGAAGAACUUCCUGCAGAUGGUGGUGGAGGCAGGAACGCCCGGGAUUCAGAAGCAGAUCGUCAAACCAGAGAGCCUGAAGGGGAUGGAGGCGCGCUACGAACAGACGCUGCAGGAGCUGGCCAACGUCAUCAAGGAUGAGAAAACCAGAUAAUGGAGCAGCACUGACGUUCUCCUCUGAGCUCACAUCUGUGCCUCAACAGAACACGUUGCAUUUUCAGCUGUACUGGGAAUAUUUAUGUUGUUUAAUAAAACAUUAAAUACAUUAAACAUAC